AUAUGAUGUGUUGGGCAAAGUAUAUAAAGCUAGAAGACUUGUUAGACAAAUGAUGAAAGUGGUAACUAUUCUUACAAAUACUGUAAAAAUCCAGACAGAAAGAACUGAAGACUGCUGAGAUGAUGAGCAAAAAAGUGCAGAUACCUGGAGAUGCCACAGCAGCGUACAGGGCAGUCCCACUUCUUGCUUCACUACAGAGAGCUCCAGCUCCAACUACACUAGCUGGUUUGAAGAAGCCUGCUGCAAAGGAGUCCAGUUCUGAGAGCUCAGAUUCAAGCUCAGAUGAAGAGAAGGCUCAAAAACCAAGAGCUAAGGCCACACCAGCUGAAGCAGCAAAUCAAGACUCCUCAAGCUCAGGCAACAGCUCAGAAAAUGAAACUCCAGGAAAGCCUGCUACCAAAAAUGCUGCACCAUCAAAACCAUCUCCCUGUUUACAAGCAGCAUCUUACGGCAAGUUAGUUGCAGCAACGGCUGCAAUUCUUAUUAAUAAGGCCGCAGCCGCCGCUGCUGCAAAAAGCAGCUCAAACUCUGACUCCUCAUCAGAUAAUGAACCGGUGAAAGCCAAGCCAGCAAUAGCUAAACCAAUCACGCCAGCUUCUAAGCUUGCAACCCCUGCUGUAAAAAUUGCUGCAAAGGCAGGAAAAAGAUGUUCAGACUUCGAUUCUUCAUCUGACGAUGAAGAAGCUGCAGAAAUCAAGGCACUGACAGCUAAAGCUGCCGCGCCAUUUGCAUCGGUCGCUGUUGGUCUGGCAAAAACUGCUGCAGCAGAAAGCAGCUCAGACUCUGACUCCUCAUCUGAUGAACCAGUGAAAGUAAACCCAGCAAUGGGAAAACCUGCCGUAAAGUUUGUUGCGAUGGCAAGAAAAAGAUGUUCAGAUUCAGACUCUUCAUCAAGUGAUGAAGAACCUACACGAAACAAGGCCCUGAAAACUAAACUUGCCACACCUGUUGCAUUGGGUGCUGUUGCGCGAGCAAAAAUAGCAACUGCAAAAGCUGCUGCAACAGAAAGCAGCUCAGACUCUGACUCCUCUUCUGAUUGAAUUAAAACACAUUAUAACAAAACACUUGAAUUGUAUUUUCUUUUUCUGGGGGAGAAAUUAGCAACAACAACAAAAUAAAAAAAAAAAACAUUGAAAUCAA